UCCUAGCACAAUAACAACACACCACCAUGGCGGCGGACAUGGGAUUAGCAAUGCCAAUGAGUACAGAACUUUCGUUUAGUCCCUUUCAAGAGUCGUGUCAUGAAACUAAUAUCCUAUCACUAGGAAGUGCAAACUAUGUUGAUUCGACGUCUCCAUUGUCCAAUGAAAUAUAUAAUGCAGAAAAGCAAAGCCAAGUAUUUGAAAAUUCAGGUUCCGAAGACGACGAGCUCUCACCAAAUGGUAUCCUGGAUGAAGAAACAGUAGCAUUUGGUCUUUCAAAUUUAGGCCGUUCAUCAGAUGGAUCUCAGCUUGUUUAUCUGCAUCUAACAUUGCCAGGUUAUAAUCUGGUAGAUAUUUCAAGAUUGCAAGAGUUUGUUCAUGUCCAAAAGGUUGAAAUUCCAUACAAUAAAGUAUCGGACUUAAGUGUGUUGUCCUACAUGCCUUAUUUGAUAGAACUAGAUGCUUCUCAUAAUGAAAUUAAAACAAUGCUGGACUUUAAGCCACCACAAAAUCUACAGGAGGUUGAUUUGUCAUAUAAUCAAAUUGAAAUAAUGGAAAAUUUAUCUUCCCACCAUGCACUCACCAAGUUGAUUGUUGACAACAAUCAGAUUAGUAAGAUUGAUGGCUUAUCAAAGUGUGUUCGUCUUAACCAUCUUAGCCUUGCUCACAACAAUAUCAGCGAACUUGAAAACAUGCAAGGACUACCACUUAAGUAUCUCAAUUUGAGUGGAAAUAAACUGUGCAUGAUUAAGAACAUUGGCAACCUGAAAUGGCUUCAGAACAUCAACCUGUCAGGCAAUCAGAUAUCCAGCUUAAGUGGGCUUGAGGGUCAUGAACUCUUAGAGGUCAUUGACCUUGAGGAUAACAAUAUACCUUUCAUUAACGAUAUCAAGUUCAUCGAGGAUCUGAAAUUGUUACGGAUAUUGAAUCUAAUGCGAAACCCCAUUCAGAGUAUGGCAGACUAUCGGCUGUCAUUACUAUUCAGAUUGCCACAAAUCUCUGAGUUGGAUAGAAGACGAGCAGAAGCUGAUGAAAAAAUUGCAGCCAUCAACUUAUUCAGCCCACCAGCGGAUGUAGUCGCAGCGCAUGAUCAUCGUAAAUGUAUGGUUUACUCAUUUCUCAAGCCAGCUAAAGUGUUAGCCAGCACGCUACCGACAACAGACCAGCCUUAUCCCAUCCUCAUACUUGUAGGUCCUGUUGGCUCUGGCAAACGAGAGCUUGCUCAGAAAUUAGUUGUGGACUUCCCGGAGUAUUUUGGCUAUGGGGUUCCACAUUCCACCCGUGCUCCACAGAAUGGUGAGCUUGAGAGCUGUGAUUUCAGGUUUGUGACACCAGAACAGUUUACAAAAAAUCUUAAACAGGGAAACUUUAUACUAACAUACCAACAAUCUGGUCACUGCUUUGGUUUGACAAUAGAUGCUAUUGAGGAUGUUGCCAAGGAAGGUCUAGCCUGCAUCACACACAUGGAGCUGGAGGGCGUUUUAUCAAUGAAACUGACAUAUUUUGAGCCACGCUAUGUUCUCCUGCUUCCCUUGGACAAGGACGCUCACAAGAAGAGGCUGGAGGAACGUGGAGGCUUCAGUGCUCUCCAAAUUGAGUCGGCGAUCACACGCGAUGACUUAUAUCAGGAUAUGAAUGACCAGAAGCCAGGAUUUUUUGAUGUUACAAUUGAUAGUAGCAACUUGAAGGAUGCUUAUCGCCAGCUAAAAAAACUGUUGUUAGAAUACCUUGGCAUAGAGGAUUUCAACGAUGACUUCGACACUGAUAGCUUCAUUCAGGAAAUAUCCGAUGGGUCUGCUUCUACCUCGGAAAAUUCAAACUCAAGGUGUUAUACCUCCAUGGUUGAGGUUAAGUUCAUUAUAUCUGUUUUUGCCACGAAAGGCGUUUUAUCAAUGAAACUGACAUAUUUUGAGCCACGCUAUGUUCUCCUGCUUCCCUUGGACAAGGACGCUCACAAGAAGAGGCUGGAGGAACGUGGAGGCUUCAGUGCUCUCCAAAUUGAGUCGGCGAUCACACGCGAUGACUUAUAUCAGGAUAUGAAUGACCAGAAGCCAGGAUUUUUUGAUGUUACAAUUGAUAGUAGCAACUUGAAGGAUGCUUAUCGCCAGCUAAAAAAACUGUUGUUAGAAUACCUUGGCAUAGAGGAUUUCAACGAUGACUUCGACACUGAUAGCUUCAUUCAGGAAAUAUCCGAUGGCUCUGCUUCUACCUCGGAAAAUUCAAACUCAAGAAUGCAGUCCCAACCUCAGUCAAUGGGCAAACCUGACAACACUAUGAACUCCGAACCUGGGAUUCGAACAUGGUCUCGUAAUGCAUCACAAGAAGGAUCUCAUAAAGUCUCUCCAAGCAUCCGCAAAAAAAUGGAACCUUCCAAAAGUUUGGUGGAGCAAGCAUCAUACGAGCGGCGCAAAAGUGCUGCUAUUGCCACUGCAGCUUGCGGAUCUGUCCCAAGUCCAAUCGAACAGCUUAACAGACUUCCAAAAACAGCUCCACCAUCAUUGCAGCAGGAUGUAUUGAAUGGUUAUUCAAAGUCAGACUCAUUGUCUCAAGAUUUCGCAAGGGCUAGCAGCCCAGACUCCAGUGAAGACGAUGCUCGCAGCAAUUCAAAUCUUUCAAAUCUUUCUGAGGCUAGAGGAUUUUCUGCUGUACAAUCUCCACUAGGGUCGCAGGUAUCAAUACAAUCUGCUGGCACAGACCGGCUGAGGAAGUCGGUGUUAAGCAAUUCACCACUAAAUCUGAUUGAGCAGUUGUCUCGAAGUCACAGCCCUACCUCUGGAGGGUCAAGACCAGGUAGUGGUGGAUCUAGGCCUGGCAGUGGAAGACCAGGCUCCGAAAAGAAAGCAGUUCUUCCACCAAUCACUGAUAAAAGCCAACCAGAAUAUUAAACAUAACCAUAACUGUAAAGUUUACUUUUUUUUUUGUACAUAAUAUAUUUAUUAUAAAGUUUUACUUGAUGAAUACAGGAUGUGAAAAUAAAAAUUAAAUCUCAUUAAAAACACCUAUUGGUGCUUCCCUUUUAAAAUUUAAUGUUUUAAAUAUAUCUAGAAAAUUCAAGAAUUUGUUAUAUAACUUUUUGGAUCACCAUAUCACAACUAGAAAACUGAGAAAAAAAACCGAGCAGAGCAAUCUUACAUAAAUUAAUGAGUUCAUAUUUAAUGUGUUUUAGGAACACUGCUAAUACACCUCACACUUGUAAACUACAAUGAAAUUGCAACCAACAAAAAAUAUUUUUUCUCUUUUAUUGCUUUUCAAGUGCUCACAGCAUGGAAUGAUAAGGUGUGGUUUGACAUUUUAAAUAAAUGUAUUUCUAAUGAGAGA